CUGGGCAAAUGCCAUCUGCUGAUGAAUACCAUGCGGCCCCCUCGAAAGCUCUGGAACAAGUGUUUAUAGGUCUGAUGCACUGGAUCAACAUGGCUGCUCGCACCAGCAGAGGGACCGGAUUCUUCAGGACCCUCCUGAAGAGCCGCUUCAGGACCCCGGGACCCGGGCAGUCAAGGACACAGGGUCUGUGUCUACAGCCACCCAGGAGUCGUCUGCCUCCCCCCCCUCCUCCGCCACCACCGGGCACCUGGACCUCCCAGCUCUCCCGCCUGUCCCACCGGGAUCUGUUCCGGCUCUCGGUCACGGAUCCGGAUCGGUUCUGGGGAUCCGCCGCCGCUGACAGACUGCGCUGGGUGAGACCGUUCGACCGUGUGCGGGACUGCGACCUCAGCAGCGGCAAGAUCAGCUGGUUCCAGGGGGGGAAGCUCAACGUGUCCGUGAACUGCCUGGACGUCCACGUUGAAAAACAUCCAGACCGAGUGGCUCUGAUCUGGGAGCGAGAUGAACCCGGCACUGAGGUGAAGGUCACCUACAGGGAGCUGCUGGAGAUCACCUGCCGCCUUGCCAACACCCUGAAGAGCCAUGGGAUCCAGAAGGGGGACAGGGUGGCCAUUUACAUGCCGGUCUCACCGCUGGCAGUGGCGGCUAUGUUGGCAUGCGCUCGUAUCGGUGCGGUGCACACUGUGGUGUUUGCUGGCUUCAGCUCGGAGGCUCUGGCAGGCCGGAUCCAGGACGCUCAGUGUAAAGCAGUGGUUACCUGUAAUCAAGGUGUGAGAGGCGGCCGACUCAUCGACCUUAAAUCCACAGUGGAUGCUGCAGUGAAGCGCUGUCCCACUGUCCAACAUGUGUUUGUCUCUCAGAGGACAGAACAACCUGCAGUGAUGGGAGAGCUGGACAUCCCCCUGGAGGAGGUGAUGUCCCAUCAGUCCUCAGUCUGUCCUGCGGAGCCUCUGGACAGUGAGGACUUCCUUUUUCUUCUCUACACAUCAGGCAGUACGGGGAAACCUAAAGGCAUCGUUCACACACAGGCUGGAUACCUGCUGUACACCUCUAUGACACACCAGUACGUGUUCGAUUACCGGGACGGUGACGUGUUCGGCUGUGUGGCGGACGUCGGCUGGAUAACGGGACACAGUUACGUAGUCUACGGGCCGCUGUGCAACGGCGCCACCACCGUCCUGUUUGAGAGCACACCGGUUUACCCAGACCCAGGCAGGUACUGGGAGACGGUUGAGCGUCUGAGGAUCUCUCAGUUUUACGGAGCGCCGACAGCUCUGCGUCUGCUGCUGAAGUACGACGAGAGCUGGGUGAAGAAGUACGACCGCUCGUCUCUGAGGACGCUGGGAUCAGUGGGAGAGCCCAUUAACCAGGAGGCCUGGCACUGGUUCCACAGCGUGGUUGGAGAUGGACGGUGUCCUUUAGUGGACACCUGGUGGCAGACAGAGACCGGAGGAAUCUGCAUCGCCCCUCGUCCUGCAGAAGAAGGAGCUCCUAUUGUUCCAGCGAUGGCCAUGAGGCCGUUCUUUGGCAUCCAGCCUGUUAUCAUGGGAGAGAAGGGCGAACCUCUGGCCGGUAACUCUGUGAGUGGAGCUCUGUGCAUCAGCCAGCCGUGGCCUGGAAUGGCCCGCAGCAUUCAUGGAGACCACCGGAGAUUUGUGGAGGCUUAUUUCAAACCGUAUCCUGGCCAUUAUUUCACCGGUGACGGAGCGUACCGGUCAGAGGACGGCUACUACCAGAUAACCGGUCGGAUGGACGAUGUCAUUAACGUCAGCGGUCAUCGUCUCGGCACGGCAGAGAUAGAGGACGCUCUGGAUGAACAUCCAGCUGUUCCAGAAACAGCUGUGAUCGGAAUCCCUCAUGACAUCAAAGGAGAAGUGCCCUUUGCCUUCGUGGUCCUGAAGGACGACGUCGGUGACGACCCCCCCGCCGUCCUGCGGCAGCUCCGGGACCUCGUGGCCACCAAGAUCGCCAGAUACGCCGUCCCCGAACACUUCCUGGUGCGUCACAGCCCAACCAGCACUCAGAACACCCCAGAGCCGGAUUAGCUAGACCAGGUUUCAGGUCCACGGACCAGGUUUAUUCAACAGCUGCUCUUUAAGAGGAAGAAGAACCGAGGAAAUAUCUGGUGAGUUUCAGCUCGACGCGUUUGAACCGACGGAAAAGCCUCGUUUAUUCUAAACUCCAGGCGUUUGGUGUGAAAACGUUUUAACCGGUGAGAAAGAAAAUAUUCCGAGGAGGCGAGACGAGACUCGAGGGAAGUACA